GAGAGUGAUCCAGAUCAACCUGAUGACGAAGACGGCUUCAUUGUCGGCGUUGACGACGAAGAUGGUAACAAACAUUCUCUUGAGGAAGAUGACGAAAAAGAGAGUGAAGAUGAUGAACCGGCGGUCGACGAGGAUGCAGAAGGAAGUGAGAAAGACGGAGAGGAAGAGGUGAACGUACCGGUUGAAGAAGGCAAAGAACCAGUUGACGAAGAGGAAUACAGUGAAGAAGACGAAGGAGGUAAGGGCAAGGAGCGGGCUGACGAAACUGAAGACACCGAGGAGGUUGGCGAAGAGGAGGACGAAAGUGAAGACGAGGAGGAGGAUGGUGAAGAAGACGAUGAAGAAAAAAGCAAAGAACAGGUUGAUGAAAAUGAAGACAUCGAGGAGGUUGAAGCGAAUGAAGAGUCAGAAGAGGAGAACGAAAAUGAAGAUGAGGAGGAGGAUGGUGAAGAAAGAAACCGUGAAGAGGAAGACGAAGAAAAAGGCAAAGAACAUGUUGAUGAAAGUGAAGACGCUGAGGAGGCUGAAGAGAAUGAAGAGGAGAACGAAAAUGAAGAUGAGGAGGAGGAUGGUGAAGAAGAAAACCAUGAAGAGGAAGACGAAGAAAAAGGCAAAGAACAUGUUGAUGAAAGUGAAGACGCUGAAGAGGUGGAAGAGAAUGAAGAGGAGGAC